ACACACACACACACACGCACACACACACACACACACGCACACACACACACACACACACGCACACACACACACACACACACACACACACACACUGAGCUUCAGUUCAGAGCUGCUCGCCACAAGAACAUGGACACAUCUGUGGCUGAUGGAGGCAGAGCAGAAGAGGAGUGCGAGACAGCAGACAGGAAGAGAGAUCUGCAUCAACUCCUCAGACAGGAAAUGGAGAUGCAUAUUGCUGCCUUGCACUAACAUGAUGAUGAUGAUGAUGGUGUCAGAGGGCAGGACCAGCGUUCAGAGGAAUCAGGAGAGGAUGAGCCGCAUCAGAGAGCUGAAGGAACAACUUCUGAAAGAGGAGAUCAGAUUACAGGAAACACACAGAGAUUCCGACCAAUCACACGCCACUAGCAUGGUGGUUCAUGAGAAACUCCUGGGGCGCAGAAUGAGACUGAGAGAGACUCACGAGAGACUGAUCGAGGAUGAACUGAUGAAGAUGGAGAGAGAACUACAAGAGGAGCAGGUGGGUGGUGUAGAGGGGGAGAUGUCGUACCUGCGCAGAGAGAGGCACAUCCUGGUUCUCCAGAUCGAGGCGCUGCGCAGGGAGAACCAGCAAGCUUAUGCAGACCUGGAGGAACAGAACCGACAACACCAACAGGAAGUGAACGAGCUCAGAGAGGAGAGUCUACAGGUGUUCAGGGCAUUUCGUGAGGCUCUGGAGGAGCAGAGAAGGAUGUCAGAGGGUAGGUACAGGGCUCUGCUCAUAGACGCCAUCCAGGACGCUGUUCACCUGUCUUCACAAAACCUGCAGCUCCAGGAGGAAAUUCAGCAGCUCCGGAAAGCUCGUAUUCCUACUGAAUGACACAGCUGAUCUAACAUGGUUACCCAAGAAGUAACUGUAAAAGAUCAAAUCAAGUUUUUUUAUGAUUAUAAAUGGAAUUCAUUUCAUAAUUGAUGAGCUUUAUGCUGUUAUUAAUCUGAACUGAAUCAACACUGAACUGACUUGAGCUGAAUAAUAACACUAUUGUCUUUUUAGAGCUGCU